AUGCUGAGCCGAGCCCUGCUCACUGCGUCUCGCAGUUCGACACUGGCGGUUCGUGGGUUGGCCGCUACAGCUGCCCCGGAGCCGGUUAUUGAGGGUGUCCACAAACUGAAGGUAACAACCAUUCCUGGUGACGGUGUCGGCCCGGAAUUGAUCUAUGUCGUCCAGGAUAUUGUCAAGAACACGGGAAUCCCGAUCGAAUUUGAAGAGCUUUUCCUGUCUGAGGUCCACUGGUCUCGAUCCGAAUCGUUGGAGUCGGCUGUGGAAGCUAUUCGCCGAAACAACAAUGUUGCCCUGAAGGGAGCGAUCCAGGAGGCUACUAUGCUUCACACUGAGGGUGACAUCCAGGGCUUGAACAUGCGCCUCCGAAAGAAGCUGGAUCUUUUUGCCAAUGUCUGCCACAUUAAGACGAUUCCCGGUAUCAAGACCCGCCACGGCAAAGAUCUCGACUUUGUGAUCAUCCGCGAACAGACCGAAGGGGAAUACAGCGCCCUUGAGCACGAACUUGUCCCUGGCGUCAUUGAGUGCCUCAAAAUCUCCACCCGACCGAAAAUCGAACGAAUCGCCAAGUUUGCAUUUGACUACGCCACAAAGCACGGCAGGAAGAAGGUUACCGCCGUCCACAAGGCCAACAUCAUGAAACUGGGAGACGGAUUGUUCCUCAGGAUUUGCAAUGAGGUCGCGAAGCUUUACCCGCGCAUCGAGUUCGAGUCGAUGAUCAUCGAUAACACUUGCAUGCAACUUGUCAGCAAACCCGAACAGUUUGACGUGAUGGUGAUGCCGAACCUUUAUGGAAACAUCAUCGAUAACCUGGCAGCUGGACUUGUCGGAGGUGCUGGUGUUGUCCCAGCCGAGUCGGUCGGUUCUGAUUAUGUGAUCUUCGAGCCUGGAAGCCGGCACUCCUUCCAAGCGGCUUUCGGACGGCAAAUUGCCAACCCGACUGCUAUGAUCCUAUGCUUUGCCAAUAUGCUCAAACACCUCCAUCUCGAUAUUUACGGAGAUGCAUUGACGAAAUCCGUCCUCGACGUCAUCAAGGAGGGCAAAGUUCGCACACAAGACCUCGGAGGCUAUGCCAAGACCAUGGAAUUCGCCGACGCCGUCAUCACCAAGUUCAAGAUC